AAUGUUUUAAUGUGCCGUCAGACGUUUCGAGUGUGAUAAUAAAUUGUUCUUUGCAUUUAAAAUACAUUGUUCGCUUUGUUAUUUUAAUCAUUCGAUAUUUAGUUGUGUUGUAUGAAUGUUGUAGUUUUGAAUUAAUCAUAAAAAAACACAAUAAAAUUAUGUUUACACGCGCUUAAAGAGAUGAGAAGAAAUUGCGAUGGACCCCCUGUUCAAGAAGUUGUUACAGCAACACCAGCAUGACAUCAUCAACGAUUUAGACGUCCGGUAUGUCAUUGACGAAUUGUUCUCGAAGGAGGUUCUCUCUCAGGAAGAUUUUGAAGACAUCACUAACUUGAAGAGUCGUACCGAUCAAGUGAGAUGUCUGAUCGACAAGCUGAUCAAGUAUGGCAACAACAACUCGUACAUAGCGUUCGUGGACAGCCUCGCGGAGGACUACAAGUGGUUGUAUCAGAAACUGACUGUGGAAAACAAUGAGACGAUGCUGAAUGAGAGCUUCGAGGACAGCCUCAGCUUAGGCGACGUGCCGCGGCUGCCGGCGCAUCAUGUCAAACGUGUAGCUGUGGAACGUGAGAUAACGUCCAAGUUGAAGCAGCUAGCGCGACACAAGAUCCUCGCGUUGCACGGCAUGUCGGGCUGUGGUAAGACAUGCUCAGCCAUCAGUGUGUUGCGCGACAACCCCGAGCUGAUCACCGAUUUCGGCGGCGUCGUCAUGUGGCUCAACUUCGGCACUUGCAAGACUGAAGACGAUAUUAUUGCUCAACAAAAUAAAUUACUUAGAAAAAUUAAAUCGACAUACGUCCACACAUCGAUAAUGACAGCAUCGAUAUCACUAUCGAGUAUAAGCUCGAACGUCGAUAACAUUUCGCUAUCGAGCUACGACUGGACCUGGGAGAUGCUGAGGGACGAGCUGAAGAAACACUUCUCCGAGCCGGCUUUGAAGGAGUCCUUGUUGGUGCUAGACGAGGUCAAUGAAGAGAAGAUUGUGGUGGCGUUCGAUAUCGGAUGCAAGCUCAUGAUUACAACUAGGGAUGUCGAUGUUGUCUCCAAAUAUCAUCCGCAGAUUGUUAAUGUACAAAAAAGCUUCGAAGAGCGAGAGGCUCUGGAGCUGUUCGCGUCGUGCCUGGAGGAGUCGGUGUCCAACCUGCCGGCGCAGGCGAGGAAACUCGUCGAGAUAUGCAAGGGCAUGCCCUUCAACAUCGCGCUCAUCGGGGCACAACUCGCCGAGAACAAGGAGCGGCUCAAAGACGACCCCAGCUACUGGAAGAACUACUUGAACAAACUGGAGAAAAAGGAUUACUUCUCACUGUUCAAAGGAAAAGACAAUACGAUGAAGAAAACCAUAGAGGUUUGCAUCAAUUCGCUUCAAGCCAACAUUUUGCCACUAUACAAGAGACUGGCAGUACUUCCAGAUAACGUCAAAGUGUUCGCACAAGUUCUGAGCAGGUUGUGGAAUAAGGACGUCGCAGAAGUCGAAUCGAUUAUGAAGAGUUUGACGCGAAAAUCAUUGAUAAUAGAGACCUACGAUCGCGAGCGCAAGAACUAUAUCUACGAAGUACACGACUUGAUCAUGAACUAUCUGAGGACCAACACUAAGGAGGAAGACUUGAAGAAGCUACAUAGCGACUUGCUAACAAGCUACAGUUACGACAACGUAGAUAAUGUGUCGUGCGACAUUCCCGACGAUGGCUACAUAGCGUUCUACAUCGGGUAUCACAUACAGAAGACUGAUAACUUGAACAAUAAGUGGGGUUUGUUCAACAAAUUGUUCUUGGAUUUGAAGUUUUUGGGCAACAAAGUGAGGUUGACCGGCCCUGAUGAUGUCAAAAUGGAUUUGCAGAAGUACGAGAAUUAUAUAGUUAAAGAUGAGAUGGACCGGAGCCUGGCGCACAGCCUGCGCACGUUCCUCAGCACGCACGGCACCGACCUCUACCACUACCCCAGCACCGACAUCCUGCAGAGCAUCCUGCAGCACGAGGCGGCCGGCCUGCUCUACAACAAGGCGGCCAGCGCGGCGCAGGCCGCCGCCGACAACCACGAGCUCUACUUCGACUUCUUGCACGAACAUGACGUAGACGAAGUGAAACAUUCGACUAUCGAUGUUAGAGAAGUGAUAACGGCUGUAUGUUUUCUUGGCAACUAUGUAGUAGUCGGUACCAGCAAUGGACUGAUCAAGUUCUUCCAUUCAACAACCCACAAGCUGCAAAAGGAGCUGACCGGCAUGACGUCAGCGGUCACGUGGGUGGGCGUGUCAUGCCUCAAACACCCGCCAGUAGUUGCCGCUUUGUCGUUAGAGGGCAUCAUCAAGCUGUGGUACGUCGAUGACUUCGAUGACGACGACGAUGGCGUCAUUGAGGAAGAACCCGAAGAAGCGUACAAUAACAACCAUCCGGGUCACGUGACAAUCAAACAGACAUUCGGCGCGUACGUCCACUGCCGAUGGUCCGACAACGAGGACUUCCUUGUGGCGCACAACACAAAGAUGAUAUUCCUAUACAAGCCUAACGGUGAUCUAAUAUCGACGAUCAACAACUUCGACAGGGACCGCGAGUUGCUCUGCUGUGUUACGUGCAACAACGACAAGUUCGUUGCCGUGGCAACCACAAACGGCAAGAGUAGGAUGGUCGAGAUUAUAGAUCUCAAGACGAAGGAGCGAGUGAUGACCUUCGAGGAGACCGAUAGUGUUUUGGAUAUGGUUACAGUUCCUGGUACUAACAAAAUAAUAACGCUAAAACACAACGAAAUAAUGGAGCACGAGUUCAAAGUGACAUCGAUAAGUUCGAACAAAUGCAGACAGUGCAAGUGCGGGAGUGUCAUCAAGAGCGACUCGCUCAACGACAACCUCUCGUUCAAGGCGAUAGCUGUCAAUAAAACCGGCACGUUACUGUUCGUGUCCACUGAUGACAGUAGAGUCGUGUGCGUUAAUUUGAAGACGCAUUCUAGAGUGUUCGAUCUUGAGAAUCGUAGAGGUAACGUGAUCGCAAUGGCGGUGAGCGAAGUGAUGAUGUGGGACGAAUUUGAGCCAGGGUCAGACGUUCUGCUUACAGGCACUGACAUCACAGAGAAUUCCGCUAAAGUUUGGUACUUAGAAGCCUCUUACAUAUCGCAGAUCGCCAAGAGGAACGGAAAAGUCCGUCUAACAUCGAAAUUCGACGUGAGCUUCCUGAACGCGUCAUCGCCUAACACACCGAAGACCGCAACACCCGGCAGUAUGGUGGACAGUGUCUCCAACACACCGCGACGGCAUCAGUCCUUCGCCAACCACAGGGAGAUCACCAAGACGCCCGUGAAGAACACCCUGAGCCUCGACAGGCAUUCGCUGAAGCCGCUCAACCUGAAGGGCAUAUGCAAUAAUAAUGAUAAGGCUAUACAACCGCUCUUGGCUGUUGUUGAUGAUAAAAAUAAUAUUCAGGUAAUGCGUGGAAGAAAAGUCCUAACAGAGAUUCUAGAAAAAUCCGACGAGCACAUCACAUGCGUGAAGAUAUCUCCAUGCAACCACUACAUCAUAUACGGGCUGCAGUCCGGCAGCGUGAAGAAAUACACGCUAAGAACCAAAGAGAUGGUCACCAUCAUGGACGUGUACAGUCCUGUGCAAUAUUUGAAUUACGUAAAUCCGAAUUUAUUGAUGGCGGCCGGUAAGAACCGAAGUCUUAUGGCGUACCGGCUGACUGAGGCAGGAGAUUGGACGCUAGAGAUGCUGCAGAGAGGUAAUACGCAUCUCGGAUCGCAGGAGCUGCUUGAUGAUUUGCAAGGUUUAAAACUAAAGAACGGUCAAGUAGACAGUCAGUCAACAUCAAGCAGCGAUACGGGAAGCGUGGACUCGCGCGAGCGAAUGUUCCGCAGCGGAGACAUCAAGAGUAUGUGCAAAGGGAGCGGACUCGUCGAGUGUUUCUGGGUGCCCAACACUGGGCUAGUCACGGUAGAACAUAACGCUACCACCAAACUGUGGACGGCAGACAUGAAAGUCGCGAACAUAUUGCACGCGAGACAGACUGAUGUCCAUAUUAGGUGUGCAGCGUUACAGAAUAACGUGUUGGUGCUAUGUGAUAGUGAUAAUAAACGGUUUCAGACGUUUGAACUAAUCAACGGUAUAGAGUUGAAGAUUAUACAAGAGUAUAAACUGAACAACGUGAUCAGUUCGUGUGCCCUCACCGCGGACGGAAACAUACUCGCCAUAGGACUCGACUCCGGCAACGUUGUGGUGUGGAACGUGAAAGGCAAACGUCUGAUCACAAUACUGAAGCAUCACAAGUCGAAGGUGCAGUCGUGUUGUUUCUCUCCCGUGCCGGACCGUCUAUACCGCAGUCCGUCUAUGCAACCACACUCGCCGAACCAGUCGCCAGUCAGCGACCAGGGCGACGACCAGCCCCCGCUCGUGCUGGUCACAAUGGCUACCGAGAUUGUGUGGUGGAACAUAACCUAUUUUGUCCGAGUCAGGGCGAAUCAGAAGACUGUAUGGCGGACGGGCGUGAACGCAAUGACGCCGAUCGGCACCCCGCUAGAGAACAGGAAUGAACUGCAACCAACCGCACACAACUCGAAUAAAUCUACGUCUACCUUCUUUUUCGGUGACGGAUUAUAUGACAAGCACUGUUGGCGGGAAAUUUGGAAUGGAAAAACAUGCAAAAAGGGAUCGAAGAGGCAAGACAUAUUAGCGUGUAUAAAACUGACCGGAGUGAACGCGAGGAAGUUGUGCCACGACGACUGGUUCACGUGUUUCGUAACAGUCGACAACCCGGGCCACGUACACAUUAUGAACGUCAUGAAGUCACAAUGUUCGUAGCACUGCGAUAAUGCAUUUCAAACUACCCACUAUUUUUAAACAGUGUUUUUAGUAUAGUAACCGGUAAACAACUUGAGCACAGUGCUGCAUUGUGGUAUUUUUUCUAUUACACUAAAAAUUCUCAACAAUUAUUGUAUCGUGGAAGUUUUUGAGCACAUUACUGAGUGUACUCGAGUUGUACGCCUAUAUUGAGUUUAAAGUGUGCAAGACACUGAUUAGUUAAAGCAAUAUCCAUACAAAAUCAGAUUAUAAACUUCGUCUAUGAAUUUUCAGCCGAAUGAAUUACGGUGCUAUGAAGGACAUGAGAUGAAAAUACUUCGUUUGGUAACACUAUUAUGUUCUCGUUACGUCGAUGCCAAAAUAUGCGGAUAGGUAACUGAAUGUGUGAGAUAAAUCUCUUCUUACAAUUGUACUUACUAUUCGUAAAAAAUCUUAUUAAAUAGUAUUUAAGUCCCAUAAAGCAUAAUAAAUUAAUUCCAAAGGAACUGUCCUGAUAUUGUAUGGAUGUUAGUAGAUAUAUAUUAAUAAAAUGUACAUAAAUAAGUAUAAAUAAAUAUGCAUUGACCACCGAUUUUACUUCAGUGCAUUUGCGUGUAAGAAAAUAUUAAAUACAGUAAAAUUAUAAUUGUAAUAGAAUAUGAACAAGAUAUUUUGAAGACAUGAACAAUAUGUUAACAUUUCUUUAAUGAUGAAAUGGUAAAUGUUUCUUACAAUACUCAAUUUUAUUACCUAAAUGCUAGAACGAGUUGGUAUGUUUGAGUGACUAACUAGUUGAAUGUCACAAGAAUGCUUUAAUCGUUGUUUAGAAUAAUUAUAUAAUUUUCUAAAAUAUAACGAGUUCUUUCAAAUUUUAUAUGCAGACAAAGUCUGUGCACAAAUAUGGCGCGUGUAUGUUUUAUUAUAUAAUUUAAAGAUCAAUAUUUGUAAGAGCAAGGUUCAAUAAGGAAUUGAUUGUGUUCAUUACAAAGAGAACUCGGAAAAUUAUCGAUUUUGUACUGCCAUAGAAUUUUCAACCUAACAAACAUAAUUUAUUAUUCCAGUCAUUCACGGAAUGUUCAUGCUCCGAUGUGAUUAUGGCGCGUUCAUCAAUUUGUGAAUACGUUUUGCGGAGUUUAAUAUAAUAUAAAUAUUUUAAGAGAUCGAAUAAUAUGAAAAUUCAUACCAUUGUAAUAAAGGUUUCAUAUACGUUUAUUUAAAUGAAUAUUUUGAAUAAUAACGUGCCAUGCGUUGCUUGUUCGUACGUAUGCAUGUAAUAUUGUGAUGACAUAAAAAGAUCUCUUAAUAUGUGAUGGAUUUUAAUCUUUAUAAAUGUGUAAAUUAGACAAAUGACUAUGUUCACUCCUUAUAGUUGUAACUAGGAAUAUCUGGGAGGAAAA